AUUGAACGAUGGCCUCUUCAUCCUCAGCCGCAAUUCCGCCAUCGCCGCCAUGGACCGAACUGCCCGAGGAAUUGACGGCAAAUAUCCUUCAAAGGCUGCGCACUGAAGAGAUACUGAAGAGUGCGCAGAGAGUGUGCACAACAUGGUGGAGAGUCUGCAGAAAUCCGACCAUGUGGCGCGCCAUUGAUUUGCACUAUCGACGUUGCGCAUUUGACGAAUUUGAGAGCAUUUUCCGUUGUGCAGUGGAUCGUAGCCAGGGACAAUUGGUCGACCUAAAGCUAGCCUGUUUUGAAGGGGAUCGGUUGCUAAACUACGCAGUCGAGAGAUCAACUCAGCUUCGAUGCCUAACACUUGUGGAAUAUGGUAUCACGGGAAUUACUUUGGCUCACGCAAUGAAAAAAGUCCCACAAUUGGAAGAGCUGCACCUUAUGGUGAUGCCAAUGCUCACUCUCAAAGAUUUCGAAAGCAUCGGCAUCUCUUGCCCCAUGUUGAAAUCAUUUAUCUACUACAACUACUCUGGGGUGCAUCUAGAAUUUACAGAGUAUGCUGUAGCAAUUGGAAAAACCAUGCCUAAUCUGCACCAUCUCCGACUUUCUGUACAUCGUAUGGAAAAUAAGGGACUAAAAGCAAUUCUCGAUGGUUGCCCCCACCUCGAGUCACUUGAUCUUCAAGGAUGCGCCGGUCUUGAUCUUAAAGGGGCUCUUGGCAAAAGAUGUUCUAAUCAAAUAAAAGAUCUGUGGCUCGAUUUAGCGGAACCAAGUUUUCAGCUUGACGAUUGGGAUGAUGAGGACUUAUAUGUUUUCGACAAUGCUGAAAUCGGUUACGGUGAUGUUGAAUAUGAUCCUGAUUAUUAUUAGGAUGGUUAUUACUAUUUCUAGUCUUGAAAAUGCUAGGUUGGUGAACGAUAAUAUUGUUUUGUUUUAUUGAAAUGGUUGUUGGACUUGGCA